AUGCUCACCUGGCCCUGCAUGGCAACAGGCAAUGGAGCUCUAGGUCCCUUGGGCUGCGGACCCACGGCCGCUUCGAGAGGCAGCGGGUGGCAGAGGAGGGAGGGCAAACUGGCAGCCCCUGGCAACCUGGGGCUGACGGCAGGAGGCUGGGCACACCGCGGAUUUCCCCCCGCCGGCAGGAUGGUGAACCUGGAGUCCGUGCACGCAGCUGUCCCCGAAGGAGAAAGUGGCCCCGGGUGUGGUGGCAGUCAUCACUUCAAGGAGAUCAAGAUGAGCGGGGAUGCAGCAGAUUCCACAGACACCAGGCACGAACCUGACCAGGUGGAGCCAGGGAAUGAACAGAAUGGGCUGGACUUUAACAGGCAGAUUAAAACCGAGGACCUCAGCGACUCCUUGCAAUCUGCCAUCCCCCCUCGGUCGGGUCACCUCGUGCAGGGAUCAUCCAUGAUGCCAGGGAGCCAAAUCGCAGGGGACAUGAGCUCUCUCCACACCCUGCAGCAGCUGGUGUUGCUUCCUGGGCACAUGCAGUCAGUCCCCCAGUUCCUCCUGUCCCAGUCUCAGGCAGGACAACAAGCUUUGCAGCCAAACCUCCUCUCCUUCCCUCAGCAGCAGGGCAGCCUGCUCCUCUCCCAGCCCGGACCCAGCCUGGCCUCCCAGGCUGUGGGUCGCUCCGGCCUCCCUGGCUCCUCGGUUGAACCCCACCUGGACGUCCCCCAGCACUUGCAAGUGGCAAAGCACCUGACCCCAGCAGGGGCUUCUGAGGAGCCCAGCGACCUGGAGGAGCUGGAAAAGUUUGCAAAGACUUUCAAACAAAGGAGGAUCAAGCUGGGGUUCACGCAGGGGGACGUUGGCCUGGCCAUGGGGAAGCUCUACGGCAAUGACUUCAGCCAGACCACGAUCUCCCGCUUCGAGGCUCUCAACCUGAGCUUCAAGAACAUGUGCAAGCUCAAGCCCCUGCUGGAGAAGUGGCUCAGUGAUGCAGAAUCUGCUCCUUUGGAUUCCUCCAUGAGCACCCCCAAUUCCUACCCCUCAGUGAACGAGAUGUUCGGACGGAAAAGGAAGAAGAGGACCAGCAUCGAGACCAACAUCCGCUCCACGCUGGAGAAGAGAUUCCAAGAUAACCCCAAGCCCAGCUCAGAGGAGAUCUCCUUGAUAGCAGAGCAGCUCUCCAUGGAGAAGGAAGUGGUUCGGGUCUGGUUCUGCAACCGGCGCCAGAAGGAAAAGCGGAUCAGCUGCCCGAUGCCAUCCCCCAUCAAAUCACCCAUCUACAACUCCAGACUGGUCUCUACCUCAGGCUCCUUGGGGCCCCUCUCCGUCAAUCCAGUGCACAGCACCAUGCCUGGGACUGUGACAUCCUCGUGCUCCCCAGGGAACUCCAGCAGGCCCUCGUCCCCUGGCAGUGCCCUCCAUGCCAGCAGCCCCGGCACAGCCCAGAGCAACUCCAAAGCUGCCAUGAACUCUUCUGGCUUCAACUCUUCAGGCUCCUGGUACCGAUGGAACCAACCCACCUACCUCCACUGAGACCUCGUGUGCAGCGAGGGCGAGAGCAGCUCUGCCUCCAGGCCGUGCACCACCGACGACGCUCGGGGCCUUCCA